AUGCGAUUAUCCGCUGAGAGAGACAGAAACAGAGAUUUAGAACUACACCAACACCCCAGUAAAAGUAAACGUCUCCUGAAGGCCUUACUUAGCAGGCGCAAGUCUAAGAAGGAUGACCUUCUAAUACAUGAGUUGUUAGAUUUAAGGGAGUUUGAAAACUACAAGAUGCGGAACAGCUUCAUAGAUGCUAUCAAGUGUGCACAAGUUUAA